UCGUAGAAAACAGCUUUCAUACCUGGCGUUAUAAUGUACAACCAAGAUAAAAACAUAGUUAAAGUUCUAUCGAUAAAGCACUUGAUGAAAAUCCCACCUGAGAGAUAUCGAAACAAUUCUUGGUUUAGGACUCUGGAUUUUUCCCCACUGUCAAACGACGCCAUUUUAAAAGACGCCUUUGAAUCUAAGUGUGCUAGAUGACACUGUUAAUGUCCCAACUAGAUCCUCCGCAAAACAAAGUGAACGAACCGUGAAGUGAGCAACAGUACAACUCCGCCCUGUUACACCAAAGUAUUUCGUUGAGUCCUAGUCAUAAACAAAAGUUAAAGUUAUUGCCUUUUUAUUAAGCAUGUCCCAGAGAAACCAACGACUUAGAUUGGGUGGUUUUGCAAAUUCUAAAUUUGUUUUGAUCAACGGCGAGUAUUGGAAGUUCAAGGGUAAUAGGAGAUGUAUUCAAGGACAAGCUUGCCUAGAAGAAUUUAGAGAUAUUUUGCUCGAAUGGUUCCUGCAAUUACUUGUCACCCGCCGCCCCAUGUAUCGGUGGACAGUAGAUGAAACCACACACCGUGCACCCCUUGAAGAUAAGGGUUUACUUGAAGUUUUGAAAUUCGCCGAAACUUUUGUUUUUCCUGUUCAUUUUCCCGAAGGGGAGGUGUGGCAAUUUCAGCAUGAUGUCCGAAGAGUAAAAGACCAGAGAAACAAAUUGACUCACGAGGUCCGUUCAUGGAGGAUUGAAAAUUUUAUAGAACUCUUGAAUGCAACGAGAAAUGCUUCACGAUUUUUGGUUAACUGCAGUGACCGGGCUAACGAUUUAAGCAGCCGCGUAAUGGAUUUGAUUACUAAGUGUAAAGAGGAACUCAAAAACAUUGACCUUUAUCCGAAUUUGUAUUAAGACGUAUCCACGAUGUGAUUUGUAAUGUAUUUUUGUCUGUGUGUGCGUUUUUGAAAGAAAAAAAAAGAAAUGGUUAUAGAAUUAAUCUGGUAAAUGAUACGUCAUUCUUUCUUUUCUCCUAUUCCUUAAAGAUGGAUACAUUUCUUUUAAGUAAUUUAGACGAUGCUUAACCAAGUUAUUUUCUUUGCUGACGUAUUUUAGUUGCUAGUACGGCAUCGAGUGUAGGCUACAGUAUAUAACGUUACUGAACUUCUGAUAAAUAAAAUAUCAAUUUACCAG